AGUAAGAGAUCUAGAAGAUGAACUAGAACAGAUCUCUCUAAAACCAGAUUUGUCAUUUAAUGAUUCAAAAGCAGGUAGUGAUGCACUUGAACCUGAUGAAAACAAAGUUAAAGAUAUAGUGAAGUCUUCGAUAGAGCAUGUUGAUCAAAAAUCAAAAAAGAAACUUGAUAGUAUUUUAACCUUACCUAUUAUUACAUUAGGAGUUGACAAUGCUUUAGUUAAUGAUUAUAGGAGGAGUGGUACAGAUAAAACUAAUUUACUUAUGAAUCUUGUUUUUGAUGAUAAGGAUGAAUAUGUACAAAGAUGGAAAAAGUGUGGAUCUCACUAUAUUAAAUGUGAUGAUCUAAUUAUUUGUAGAUAUUAUCCUGAUGAGCCAAAAUAG